AUGUGUAGUGUAGCCAUUUACCUCGCAGAGAAAACCCAAAUAUUCGGCCACUCGCCGACUCCACUUGAAGGUGAGUCCAGCAGAUACGACGUGAAAAUAUUUGAAAGGCCAGGAGCGGAGAGUAAUGACCUUCUUACGUUCAAGUCCAUCUUGCUGAGGAGGGCCGGCUCCAUGCUUUUGGCUGAGAGUGAAGAAAAAAGAGAAGAAAGGCAAAGAUUCAUCAAUGGAUGUUUCCCUGAUCCAAAGACUUCAGACCUGUCAGUUCAAGAACUUCAGGAACUGUGUAAAGAACUACACCGAAAAAUUGAUGUCACCGAUGAAGCUCGUUAUGAUAUCGCGAUGAAGGUGGACAAAAAUGAAAAUGAGAUUGCGUCACUGAAACAGAAGAUUGUCUCGCUGAAGGGGGUCAGGCGUCCCAGCUUGAAGAGAGUGAAGAAAAGCACCGAAGACAUGCUGGGCGCAUACUCGGACCCUUCCAAGCACAUAAAGCCCGAUUUCAAGGUCAACCUUAAGACAGUCAAGAAAGAGGAUGAAAAACGGGAAGAAGUGACUGACUGGCGCAAGAAUGUGGAGGCCAUGUCUGGCAUGGAGGGCAGGAAGAAGCUGUUUAACGCCGGCCAAUAAGCAAAUUCUUCAUCGUAGCUGGUUUGGAGCACUACAUUAUUUUUAAUGGAUGAAUACACUUUUUGCCAAUUUGGACAACUCUGAUUAAAAUCUUACAACUUAA